AUGUGGGACACUUCAUGGUGGCAUCCAGAGUACAUGUCCCAGAUAUGUCCAGUCCCACCUUCUGGUCCUAGUGCAGAGGAGCUGCGGGUAGAUGACAGUAGCUAUCCUCCUUCAAUACUGAGGAAAAGGCAACCUGUGGAUCAAGCUGUGGGGGAAAAGCGGAGAGUAGAGAGAAGGGUUCGAUUUCGUGAGCCAGAAGUCACUGAACACGCCAUUUCCUGCUGUGACUACGUAGUGGUAGAUGACAGGUCAUCAUCUGGAUUGCCUAUGCUCCUGUGGCUCUCAUUUUGUGCAGUGCUGAUCCUUGCUGUGAGUCUCUACUACACCAGCAUGAAGCAAGAUGUCAAAGUCCUGGAGGAAUUUCAAUCCCGACUUGUUAUCUUCUUUCUUCAUAUAAGACACGUUGCUCAGAGAUGUUGGACUUGGUUUGUGAAGCAGUAGCAAUGUCCUUCAGCCUGACACUGUUAAGCAGCAUGAGCCAGUGCAAAACUCCCAGUUUACUCCAGCCACAUGCAAGGAAACACAUGAUCAUCCACCUCAAAGAGCAAGAAAAUCACCCCUGUUGUGCAUCAUCCAGCAGCCACUUCUUUUUUCUUCUUUGUUUGUUUUUCCACAUCAAUGAACAGUCAUUACCAGUGCCUUGAGUUCUCACCAAACUCAUGCUCCAUCACCCUGAACAGCAAACAAGUAUCUCAGUUUUGUCCCCCAUAGUUUAUGAACUGCUGAUAUGAGGAGCAAAAGUAGAGAGAGAAACAGAUUGAUCUGUGCAGGCAGCAGCAAGCUCUGAGGAAAAAUCUCCUGAGUCUCAGGUCAAGGCUUUAGAUAUCAAAUCACCUUUCUCCUUAAGUCUCCUAAGAGCUAUUCUGCAAAAGUUAAAAUAAAGCAGAACUAUUGCACCAACACUUCUCUGGUGGCCAAAGGCUUGACAAGCUGCUAUAUUUACACACCUGAAAUGUUUAUUAGUAAAAUCCCAGCAAAUGGCUUUCUCGU